AUGACCCCUCUCGGGAGAUUACUCACCCUCCUUCCUCUCUUUGCUGGGCUGGUUCAAGCUGCAAACAAGGAUGACUGGCGUUCUCGAUCGAUCUACCAACUCAUCACUGAUAGGUUUGCCGGCGGUGGUCAAUGUGAUCUUGGUUCAAGGAAUUACUGCGGUGGUACUUGGCGCUCUGUCAUUGAUAAACUUGAUUACAUCCAUGGAAUGGGUUUUGAUGCUGUCUGGAUAUCACCUACUGCUUUGGGCAUUGAAAGUCAAACUAAGUAUGGCGAAAACUACCAUGGAUACUGGACUGUUGAUGUGACAAAGCUCAAUCCUCAUUUUGGUACUGCAGAUGACCUAAAAGCGUUAUCAAGUGCAAUUCAUGCCAAAGGGAUGUAUCUGAUGGUUGAUAUAGCUAUCAAUUCACUUGCAGCUACCAACUACCAUAUCGAUUCAAACACACUCUCUUCAAUCAAUAACGGUGAUUUACUAUUCAAAGAUCCAUCAAAUUAUCAUCCAAGAUGUAACAUCCAAUGGGGUAAUCAUACUUCCGAAGAAUACUGUUGGUUGGUGACAGGAGGAGAUGACAACGAUGUCGCUCUUCUCGAUCUCGCUACUGAAACUCCUGCAGUAGCUGAUAAACUCAAACAGUGGGUUGGAGAUUAUGUAUCGGAUUAUGGUAUAGAUGGAUGUAGAAUCGAUGCCUCAAAACAUCUUGGUAAAGAAUUUCAACAUGAUUUCUGCCAAUCAGCUGGUAUUUUCUGCAUAGGUGAAGUCGCUGGUGAUAGUACUGAGUAUGCUGCCACUUAUCAAGGUGAUGGUGGGAUUGAUUCAGUUUUCGGAUUCGGAAUGCUCUACGGUUUCGCUGCCGUCUUCUCAGGUGGUAAGACUAUGCCCACUUUAGGACACUACAUCAAUGCAGCAGCAACUUCAUAUGCCGAUCCAACAGUCAUCGGAUCUUUCCUCGACAAUCAAGAUUUACCUCGAUUCAAUUCUAGAACAGGUGACAAAUCCCUCGUUUAUAACGCCAUCGUCGGUUCUUUCUUGUAUGGAGGUAUCCCAACUGUCUACUAUGGUCUCGAACAGGAUAUCGCAGAUGGUCCGUAUGAUCCAAAUAAUCGAGAAGCUUUGUGGAAUUACAAUAAUUACAAUACCGGUGGAGAUACCUACAAAAGAAUACAAACCCUCAACAAGAUCAGGGAUUACCUUGGUGGUAGAGGAAAAUUCUUCAAUUCCGUUGCAACUAUUCUCAAGGUUCAAGACAAUGAUAUAGCCCUUCAAAGAGAAGAGGCGCUGAUUGUCUUGACUAAUAGAGGAUCUUCUGGCUCUGGUACCUGGCUGAUUGGAGGCACCAAAUUCGGUAAUAACGCUGAUGUAGUCGACUUGCUGUCAUGCACAAAAGCUAAGACAGAUGGAACCGCAUCACUUUCAAUUUCUUGGACAAAUGGUCAGCCAUCCGUCUUCGUUUCAACCGAUGUCGCUGCUGCAGGAGGCUUCUGUGGUGCUACAGCUCCUUCAUCUGCUGGUGCUGUGUUAGUAGCCGAUCCUACCACUUCGACAACUGGAAACUCGACCACCGGUCAAACUGAUAUCGUCGAACCUACCAGUAAUUCUUCACAGGUUUCUGCGACUUUUACUAGUGUGACUGCAGCCACCACCUCAGCUCCAGCAACGAUUACCAAUCCCGAUGUCACCGCAGAACCCAUCAACACUGCUUCGACUACAGUGAUCAUUGACACAACAUCAACUUCAUCAAGCACUACCGAUGGAUCCGCAGGAAUACCAGCUAGUGGAUCUUCCAGUUCUUGUAAGAGAUCUAGGAAGAGGAAUUCUGCACUCGGUAAGCAUCAUGCCUGA